UCCCGGUCCCGGCAGAAAAUGCGUUUUAGACUUUUAGUUAAAAUUAAAUUAAAUUAAAUAUAUUACGAAAUAAUUCGUAACUGAAAACAUAAGAAGUAAAAUAGAAGAGGAUUAGGGUUUAUCGUUUUUGUAAGCUCUUCGUUAUCAUUAUUUGUUCUUGAUCUUGUUGUCCUCACAGCUUGAAGCCUCCUCCAAUUUCGAAACAGUAAGCAGGGAAGUAAUUUAAUUACCGACGUGCUUAGAAGCCGAGAUGAGUGAUUCCAAGGAGAAGGAGAAGGAGAAUGAGGAGAGUGGACAAGAAGAAGUGGCCGCCACCGUGGAGGUUGCUUUGCCCAAUCCCAAUGCUCAAGUUGAUGAACAUGAACAUGAGCAUGAGCAUGAGCAUGAAAAUGAACAUGAACAUGAACAUGAACCCCAUGACUCUCAUCCUCCUCCUCAUUCUGUGUCACUGGAUGAAACCCUGAUUCCGGUUCUAAAUGGGACUGCAUCUCCCCUUAUCAAUAACAAUAUCACGGAUUCGCAGUCCAAUCCAGACCAACCAACUCAAGAUUCGCCUCCGUCCUCGGGCCUUUUAAAUGGAGACCAAGAUUUAGUCAAACCCGAUACUCUAUCCGCCUCUGAUGUCAAGACCGAAGACAUUGAAUUGCCACAGAGUAAUACAGAUGGUGACCACAACACCACCACCACAUGUCAUCUUGAGACUGCUGAACCAGCUGUUGCAGUUGCCAAAACUGAAGCUUGUCAAGUGCCUGAUACCAAGACUACUGGCAAUACUGACACCCUAACCUCAUCUACAAGUCAUAAUGAACCUAAUUUGCCUUGUGCUCGACUUUCUGAUAUAAAACCUCAAAUUCAGAAUGAGAAAGAUGUUACUACGCCUGUAAAUAAUGGAAACUCAAACUCAAAGCACUCAUUUCUUUUGGACGAGGACCAUAUGUCUGAAGGUUCUGAAUCCGGAACAGAAGAAGAUCAAUCAGCUUUCAUGAAGGAGCUGGAAAAUUUCUUUAGGGAGAGGAGCAUGGAAUUCAAGCCUCCUAAGUUUUAUGGGGAGGGUCUGAAUUGCCUUAAGUUGUGGAGAGCAGUGACUAGAUUGGGUGGCUAUGAUAAGGUGACUUCUUGUAAGUUGUGGCGACAAGUGGGAGAGUCUUUCAAACCCCCAAAAACAUGCACUACAGUUUCAUGGACAUUCCGAGGUUUUUAUGAGAAGGCACUCCUUGAUUAUGAAAGGCAUAAAACACACGGUGGUGAGCUUAAUGUACCUACUGCUUCCCACUCAGAGCCUAUGAAUAUUGAAAAUCAGCAGGCUUCAGGAUCAGGUAGAGCACGUAGGGAUGCUGCCGCACGUGCUAUGCAGGGUUGGCACUCGCAACGUCUUCUUGGUAAUGGUGAAGUUAGUGACCCAAUAAUUAAGGAUAAGAAUCCUAUUUCAAUGCAAAAGCGUGAAAAGCAACUUAAGAACAUUGGUUUACUUAAACGGAAGAAACCUUACGUGGAACAUACAGUCAAAGCUGCCCGUACCAAAGUAUCUAAACCACAACUCGACUCAGCGGUGGUUGAUAUUGGGCCCCCAGCUGAUUGGGUGAAGAUCAACGUGCAGAAAACUAAAGAUUGUUUUGAGGUCUAUGCUUUGGUUCCAGGCCUUCUCCGUGAGGAGGUGCGUGUUCAGUCAGACCCAGCGGGACGCCUCGUUAUAAGCGGUGAACCAGAGCAUGCUGAUAACCCAUGGGGUGUCACACCCUUCAAAAAGAUUGUGAGCUUACCGUCAAGAAUUGACCCACACCAGACAUCAGCUGUGGUAACUCUGCAUGGACAGUUGUUUGUUCGUGUCCCAUUUGAGCAGUCAGAGUAGCGGUGACCGACUUAAUAAGUAGUUGGAAGGAUGGACGUGAGGCCAUUUAGUGGAAGUCUAAACUCUCUACCCAACCAUAGCACCCAAGUUUUUUGUAUUGUCAAGUUUAAUGCCUCAACUCUCGUGUAUUUUAGCUUUACCGUAUUAGUGCAGUUUGACAAUGGAAAUUGGAAUCGAUGAUUACAUUGGGUGUUGGGUGGGUGGUGGUUUUCAGUUAGGUAGGUUGCGCUUCCAUGAUAAAUGACGAGCUUUUACAUACUAAAAUAAUUCUUUAUUUCUGUUGGCUACGUUUGUAACUCUCUAAAUUAAUUCACUAAUAAUUAACUUA